AUGGGCGAUAAGUUGCCUAAAGCUGAUGAUUUGGAAGCCACAUGGACGUUUGUUGAACCAAGUAUAGGUCAGAUUCUCGGCCGCGAUGGCACACCUGCAAUGGGUCGAGUACAAAAAGUUUUAUCGGCAACAAUGUACAUGGACGUUUAUACAGCGAUUUAUAACUACUGUGUGAACAAGUCGCGGUCUACAGGUCACUUCCAGUCAGACGCGAUUCAGAGACAAUCAAAUCAGUCCUCUAUUUUAGUAGGAGGUGAAAUCUACGAAAGACUAAAAAACUAUUUACAUGAUUAUAUUGUUAAUUUGGAGAAAUCUGAUGAUGAGUCAUUUCUGAAGUUUUACGUUAGACGGUGGAAGAGAUUUACUAUUGGGGCCAUUUUUUUGAAUCAUGCUUUUGAUUAUAUGAAUAGAUACUGGGUGCGAAAAGAGCGCAGCGAUGGUAAGAGGAACAUAUUUGAUGUUAAUACAUUGUGUUUAAUGACGUGGAAACAGGUCAUGUUUGACCAGUACUCCAAGGGAUUGGUCGAUGAGAUUUUGCAGCAAUUGACAUUACAAAGAGAUGGAAAAAUUGUUAAUCAAGCGGAUAUUACCACUGCAAUUAAAUCUUUUGUUGCAUUGGGUAUUGAUCCAUCUGACUUGAAAAAGCUAAAUCUUAAUAUUUAUAUCCAAAACUUUGAAUCGGCAUUUUUGAACAGUACACGAGAGUAUUACAUCAAUAUGUCUAAGAAAUACCUAGAAACACAUAGUGUUACGGAUUACAUUUUUGAAGCUCACGCAAGGAUAGCAGAAGAAGAAAGUAAAAUGGUGCUUUAUUUGGACGAUCAUACAAAGAAGCCACUAUCGAAUACUUUGAACGAGGUACUUAUUACCAACCAUGCCGAAGAGUUGAAGAAGGAAUUCAUCUUAUUACUGAAAUCCAGAGACGAAGAAAAGAUAUCAACUUUAUAUAAGUUAAUGCAGAGAGACUUUUCACUACUUCCGGAACUAACAAAGUCUUUUGAGGAGCAUGUCAAAGAGGUAGGUCAGGCGGAGGUGAGCAGAUUAUUACAAGAUCAUAAAGCGACCCAAAGUUCCGAAAAUGGCAAAAGGCCAACGGCGUUACCCCCCAAGGAUUAUAUCAAAACAUUGAUUGAUGUUUACGUUGUUUUCUCCAAUAUAUCUGAAGAUUGCUUUAAGGGUGAUUCACUCUUUACUAAGGCUUUGGAGAAUGGCUCCCGGUACUAUAUCAACAAUAACCAAUUUGCUGUGGCUCCAGGUUCAUCCAAAAAUGCCACUUCAAAGACCCCAGAGAUGCUAGCGAAGUAUAGUGACCAGCUUCUAAAGAGAAAUAAGAACGGCGCGGAAAGCGACAAUGACAUGUCCGUAGAUGACAUUAUGACGAUCUUCAAGUUUUUGACAGACAAAGAUGCGUUUGAAUAUCACUACCGGAAAAACUUUGCAAAGCGAUUAAUCCAUGGUACUUCGACUUCUGAGGAUGAUGAAGAAAUGGUGAUUCAAAGGCUACAAAGUGAAAAUAGUAUGGAAUAUACUGGUAAGAUAACAAAGAUGUUCCAGGAUGUACGUUUGUCAAAGCAAUUAGGCCAGGAGUUCAAUAGCGUAGUCAAAAGUGAACCUGAUUAUUCGAAGGAUAAGUAUCCAGAAUUCCAGCCAUUUGUUCUUGCUGAAACAAUGUGGCCUUUCCCUUACCAAGAAAUUGAGUUCAAGUUACCUGAAGUUUUAGUCCCUGAGCAUACAAAGUUAGUGAACUUAUAUGUUAAAAAACAUAACGGUAGGGUUUUGAAAUGGCUAUGGCCACUAUCAAGGGGUGAGAUUACUGCAGAUAUUGGUAGACAAGGGAGAGCUCCAUUUCAUUUCACUGUGACUUUGUUUCAAAUGGCUAUAUUACUAUUUUUCAACGAACACGAUACAUUGACCUUCGAGCAAAUUCAAGAAGGCACUAAUUUAACAACUCAGCACAUUGUGUUAUCUAUGGCUCCGUUCAUUAAAAUGAAACUUCUACAGCAAACCCCAUCUGGACUGGAAAAUAUGGGCCAGCUGGGGACACAAUACAAAUUGAACAAACCGUACAAGCUCGCUAAGAGUAAGGUUAAUUUUGCUGCUGGAGUUAAAGGUGACCUUGGUCUCUCUGCUUCCGGAAAAUCAGAAAUGCAGGAUUCUGAACUCAUGGAUAAAGAGUUAAACAAGGAAAGGCAAAUGUUCCUUGAGGCAUGCAUUGUCAGGAUAAUGAAGGCUAAGAGGCAGCUGCCCCAUGCCACUUUAGUAAAUGAAUGCAUAGCAGAGUCUCAUCAGCGGUUCAAUGCCAAGGUAUCAUUAAUUAAAAGGGCUAUUGACAACUUGAUAAGCAAAGAGUAUUUGCAGAGAAGUGAUGAAGGCGAAUCCUAUCAGUACUUAGCAUAA